GUUCGUGGAAGUUAAGAGAGAGAGAAAGCACAAGUCUCAUCUCCUCUCUCUCUUUCUCUCUCUCUCUGAUCGAGCUCUGCAGGAAUGUCCGGUUCUGCGACUCGUCGGAAUUCUCCCUCCCAAUCCAUCUUCGCUCCGCCGUCGGUUCGUGCUUCGAGCUUCAGUGCGUGAUCGAGUCUUCUUAGUGGAGACUUUCAGCUUCUUGUCGUCACUGUACAGCUGUCCCCUCAAAGUUGCAGUAAAGCAUAUUGCGCCACUUCCUUUCCUCAGAAUUUUUGCUGGCUUUCAUAAUCAUCAUGCUUCUUCUGCUGGUUUGACUGCAGUUUGAUUGAUUGCAGCGGGCUUGCUUCCUAAGCGGAUGUUUCUGGGUCAAGAUUGUCAUUUAUACCAGAUCCGUCAAUCAAAUGCCAGCAUUAAGAAUGAAAAGCAAACCAGGCAAAGCCUCUUUACGAGAAGCAAACGGUCUUUGUGUAUGUCCUAAAUCAUGUAAAGUUUCAAAAAAAUCAUGUUCUGAUUUUUCAACUACUCAACAAACUGCAGAAUCUGACUUUUCUUCUCUGGAUUUCUCCACUGACAGAGAAGUGGUCACUCAAGAUAGUGACUGUAAUGGAGCCAUUGCCAAACUGGAACAACUCAAUGACGAGAAGGGUUAUGUAGAGAAGCAGGUGUCAUUUCUGGCUGAUUCAUCUUCUUCAGGCAAAAUGGAAUAUGCCCAUUCGAGUCCAACUAAUUUGGAGACUAUUUUUUCUCCCAUUUUGGAGCCUGGUGAACUACUCAACAUAGAAAGUGUCUCCAUUGAUUUGGUGGGGAGCACUUGUGAUUUUGGUGUGGCAUUGUUGGAGGCAGAUGAAAGCUUUGAAAACAAGGGUUCACGUGACUACCAAAGUUGCAGUAUAUCAGAUUUCUACAUUUCUGACAUGUUUAUAGCGGGUUUACGACCUGAUGAUGUUACAGUGGAUGAUGAGGAUGCAACUGAUUUAAUGCCUUUAACUGGGUACAAGGGUGAUGAGUCAAGUAUGUUGUUUGAUGUUUCUGAAAAAUACAUGAUGGUACCACUUCUAGGGAGUACACUUAUUACUAGUGCAAUUGAAGAUACCAAGUCACAUGAAGGAGGAACAGUUGAUGCAGAUGGAUCCAGCUUUUAUAUGUCAAUUGAUCAGAUGAGAUGCUACAAUUCUGAAUCAGAAUGCCAUUCUGUUUUGGACGAAGCAGAGUGCUUCGAUCCACAUUUGUUCAUCAGAACAUUACCUGACUUGUCCGACGAAGUGUCGACUUGUCAACCCACAGCAUCGCACAUGGAAAUUCAGAAAAGGAAGUCUGUGACAUUGGUGCUUGAUCUUGAUGAGACACUCGUCCAUUCUACAUUGGAGCACUGUGAUGAUGCUGAUUUUACCUUUACUGUCUUUUUCAAUAUGAAAGAGCACACUGUAUAUGUCAAAAAAAGGCCUUAUCUGCAAACCUUCUUGGAGAGAGUUGCAGACAUGUUCAAUGUCGUAAUCUUUACAGCCAGCCAAAGCAUCUAUGCAGAGCAACUGCUUGACAUACUGGAUCCAUACCAAAAGCUAAUAUCACGUCGAGUUUAUCGUGAAUCAUGUACUUUUAGUGAUGGCACUUACACGAAAGAUUUGACCAUCUUAGGUGUUGACUUGGCUAAAGUUGCUAUUAUUGAUAAUUCUCCCCAGGUAUUCCGGUUGCAAGUGAAUAAUGGAAUUCCUAUUAAGAGUUGGUUUGAUGAUCCAUCAGAUUGUGCAUUAGUAUCACUCCUUCCCUUCUUAGAGACUCUGGUUGGGGCUGAUGAUGUACGUCCUAUAAUUGCUAGAAGAUUCGGUAACAAGGAAUAAGAACCCUCGUCAUCUACAUUUCUUAAAUAGCAGUCCCAUGUCCCUAUUGUUUGCCCUCUACUGUUGUUUUCUUUCACUUGGUGUUUAGAUAAUUGUUAUAGGUCAAAGCAUAGAUUUUCAUAUUCUUGAGUCUCCUUCAAUUGCUUCGAUGUUUUUCCAUUUUUCCCUUUUUAUUGACAGUUCCACGGAGUGUAUUGGCUAAUUUUGUAAAAAGAAGGUUCCAGAAAGGGCUUGGCAAUUUCUGCUGUGGUUUAAAAAUGAGCUAUAGCAUUCUUCAUUCGGGUGUGUAAGGAAACUUCAUAUUAUUGAUGUCAGCAUUUCUGAUUCUGGCUUCUUAUGUCUGGCUAGGAAGCUAAAUUGUCUUGAUCUCUUGAGACCUUUUUCCCCUGCAUAAAGGAAUUAAAACAUCUUUAAUUAAAACGGGAUUCAGAUGCAUAGAUGUGUUAACUGCUAACAUAUUACCUUGACAAUAUCGUUCUUGGUUACAGGAUCUGCACUUAGUUUAUACUACUUUCUAGCUCCAUAAAAUGUUGUUUUGUAAUUUGCGACUGCUAGGAGAUGUUGAGAUUGCAAUAAAAGCAAGCUCUUGCUACUUGAAGCAGAGUUUAUUUCGUUGAAAUGGUGCUGUCUAGCCUUUUCGAAAGAGGAUAUGAAGUUCUUAACUGUAUUAUGACUCAAAUAUGUGAACAAAAUGUAAGUGCAGGAACUUAAUGGAAAUUUAGUUGCGGGUAGUUGUGGAAAUACUGGACCUUGUCAUGAUGGAUAGAGAGGGUGUUACUGAGCUAUAACAUUCCUCAUUAAUAUGAAGAUACAUGAAUGAAUUUUCCAAACUUUUUUUUCUUGGGUCUGUUCUGUCGCACUAUGACCUGCAGAUAUCUUCCUAAUUCUACAUAGUUGAAGAAUUUCAAGACUAUUUAUCUGUUUUAAAACACAUUAAUGUGUAUUAAUUUGGUGUAAUUCUUGUUGGAGUGUGCUUUUGAGGGAUAUCUGUUUAUGAGACGUCUAUAACUUUGUAAAGAAAUUAAUUUUGGUUGUUUCCUCACUUUCUUUGGUGAUGUGACUGAUUAUGGAUACAGUAGCACCAGAUCUGGUUCUGUUUUCUUUUGGACCAGCAAGAACAGUCAUCAUAUAUUCCAGAGUUGUAAAUUUGUAGAAAGGUGCUGUAGUUGAAGCUCCAUAUUGACAGAGACAGGUUGCUACAUGAGUGGCAACUGGCACUAGACAUGGUUGUUUCUUUGAUCGAUAUACGCAAAAGCAGGUAAAAGUUGCAACCUUCAUGAUGUUAACUUGAAAGUAACUUCAUGUGAGAAGAACCAUUCAUCAGAAUAUUUGCUUGGGUGAAUUAUGAAAUGUCAGAUGAAACAGAAAAAUGAUCAAUCAUGUUUUAUUGAGGAAUGAUAGAUCGCUCUUAGGAUCCAAUCAAGGAUGACUCCUGUUAGGAUUUGGUAUUGUGGCUCUGUCUCAGGUUCCAUUUGGGUGUUCUUGAUCUUACUUUAGUUGACUGUGGUCAGCUCAGGUAAAGUUUUUUGUUUUUGCUUCUCAGAAUUGUCAUUUACUGGCUACAUAAAUCCACCCACUUGCUUUCUUCACUCCAAGUGAAUUGAUUUUCUUAUGUAUUUUACUUCUUAUUGCUACUAAGCAUUUGUACCAUUUUCGGGCAUCCUCUACCUUUAACCUUUCAUUGGAGCAAUUAUAGAACACAUGCAGAUAAUCCACCAUGUUCAUCAUCAUACUUUCCUUGGUUUUAAUCAUGUUGGCAUAUUUGAUGAUAAUUCUAACCUUUGUCUCUAACUCGGUCUAGGGGAAGAGAAGUUAAGUGGCUGUCUUAAGAAAAUGAUUUUAGAUCUUCUGGCUGUGUGGAAAAAUGUUUGUCACUGACCUUUUGGCUAGCACCCCCUCUGUUGAUUGAAGAAUAGGGUGUCAAUAUAUUCUUAGGGCAUCAAACUUCGGAGCAUCAUUUUCUACUAAAAACAGCUUGGAUGCCAAUAUAUUAUUGAAAGUAUAAGGCUGUGGUCUUCUGAAGCUAUAAUGUUCAGCAUUAUUUUACCUUUGUCGUAGAAAGCAAGGACAGGACCAGGAUCCCAGGAUCGAAGCUUAAUUUAUCUUAAAAAAAUCGAGCUGAAUAUUUGGGAUAUACGGGGGACUUUAUUGGUGAGCAUUAGAGUUGGGAAGAUGCAUCUAAGAUUAAGAAUUUAGCAGUGUGCAUCGAAUUGCUAAAAAUUGUUUGAAUUGGAGCAAACUCAUUGUCGCCUGAGUGUGAAAAACUCCCGUUAGAACCUAUUGGGCAAAAUUGAGAUGUGUAGAUGAUAAUAUCAGCAGCCAAUUAUGCUACAAGGGGGACGUGUUAAAUCAGAUGUCAUAUCGGUUUUUCUAAUCAAUUGGUCUGACAUAUUCUUAAUAAUUAUACCGUUAAUUUCUUUUUCCUCCAAAUGUUUGUAUAGGCAACUUGCAGGUCCUCUGGAAUCAAGAAUAGAGUUGCUGUAGUGUAUGCUGACUUGCUUCUUUUAGUGAAUCUAUGUGUCCACUUGACCGAUUAUCGAACUCCUGAUAGUAACAUUCCCGGAAGUUUGAUAACCGAGCAAUUGUUGUACCCUUUUUUUCGUGGAGUUAAAUUGUGUAAAUUGCGACUUAGUA